AUGGCUGAAGCAGAUUAUAAGAUACAGGAUUUAGCGAACAAUCCCCAACCAAAUACAGAGAGUUCAGAAAGCAUAGAUUACUCAGAUUUAAUUGACCAUUUCAUGAAUGUCAAUUUUGAUUCCGACCCACUCAAAUUUACGGAGAUUUUGGAAGCUUUAUCUCAACAUUCAGAACACGGUAAUUUCUUCGAUUUGGUAAAUAUUCCUCACUCCCAAGUUUUGGUAAAAUUAAUCGAUACUUGUAUCCAAAAUGAACCUCCUGUGUUUGACUACGCGUUAAUUACAGUAUUAAAUAUUGCAAAUAACAUUCAGGACAAUGAUUUGCCGAUCCCUGAUGAGAUUUCAAACCUUGAUUUAAUUCAAAAGCUAUUUCAAGUCUACAUUAUCACAGACAAUAACGAUGAGAUCGAGUUAAUCACCAAGUUCAUUACAGUCUACAAUAAAUUAUCUCCGGAACACCGAGAUAUGACUUUAGACAUUUUUGACCUCGAGCAACUUGCUUCAUUCAAUGAAGACAACUUCAAAUCAACUCAGUUUUACAUAUUCCUUACCUCUUUACUCUAUUACCCAUUAGAUGAUAAGUUGUUAUCAUUUAUCAUCGAAUUGGCCACAAGCGAUGUACUAUUCUUAAAUGCUAGUGCAUUUAAUGCAUUGCUGGAUCUAGUUAUCGCUAUAGCUAAGCAAAAUAUCAACGUUAUUUUGGAAACCCCUGUAUUUUUGCAAAUUAUCAUGCAGAUGGAGAAUUUUUCAGUUGAUUGUGCAAAUGGUAUAAUAGAUUUCUUCCAGACAAUCGUAGAUUCAAAGGCUUUCGUUGUUGAUCCACCUCAUGUUUUGAUAAAAUUCAUAAGGAGCCAAAAUAUUGAGAUUGUUACACGAGCAGUAUCACUUAUAUGCUGUCACCUUCGCGAGUGUCCCUCUUCUAUUAUUAUUUUCUCGCAUUACGGAGUAAUUUCGGCUAUUGUUGAUUCAAUUGCCGAUGCAAACUUCGCAAGGAAGGAACAAUGCACAAUACUUUUAUAUGAGUGCUUGAAGACCGGAAAUUCCGAUUUUAUUCUGAAAUUACUUUCUCAAAAUUCGUAUCAUGGAAAUUGUUCGGCCAUUGAGCUCAUGGUAGAUAUUUUAGAAUGUAACUCUAAGGAAACCUUCGAAAUGAUUGUUGAAUCUUUCAUAAUUAUCUUUAAUUCGACAAUUCCUGAAGAAGAAAAAGAAAAGGCCAAGCAACUGUUUUACGAAAACGGUGGAGCUGACUCUUUAUCUGACAUUGAUGAAGAAAUUUUAGAAAAAUCAGAAACAUUAGGUCCAAAACUUGAAAUGCUCAAAUCUCUUAUUGCCACAGAAGAAGAGCAACACUAA